AUAUUUGGACAUCCUAAACUUCUGACGACUCUUGAAGAUAUCUUCUGAAUUAUUCCGUAUUAACACUGAUUUUCUGAAGACCAUACGCUGUAAACUCUGACCAGAGUCUGAUAUCUGACAUUCAUCUCAGGAGAAACAUCUGAUCUAAAGUCAUGUUGGCUCCUGUGAGGACACUGAGCAUUGAGACAGGGACAUGUCCAAUGCUGUCUGUGCAGCCCACUCGAGGACUGGUAGAUGAGAAGUUUCAGAUUGUUGUAAUGAGUUUGUUGCCAAACCAAGAGGUGACGCUUCAUUCUAUACAUCUGUCAGAAGACAAGGACUUCUGGGAGGCGUUUGGACACUAUAAGAGUGAUGAACAUGGAACAGUGACAGUGGUCAAAGAGGAAAGUUUGGGAGGCACUUAUGAAGGCAUAGAGCCGAUGGGGUUGCUGUGGAGCAUGAGGCCCGUACCAGGAAGCCGAGGUGGACUCAGGUUGCGUAAGAGAGACGUCCUCACACCAAUGGUAGUUCACAUUUCAGUAUACGAUGGGCACCUAACUCAAGGUUUCAACCAGAAAACAGCCCUGGCAACCUGUGAAACAGAGCGCUGGUACAUGGCACCAGGUGUGCAGAGGGUGGAUGUCAGGGAGAAAGGAGUACGAGGAACAUUAUUCCUGCCCCCAGGCCUAGGACCGUACCCUGGAGUUCUGGACCUGUGGGGAGGAGGUGGAGGUUUGGUCGAGUAUCGUUCUGCACUGCUUGCAUCUCAUGGCUUUGCAUCACUUGCACUAGAGUAUCUCGCUCCAGAUGAGCUGAGAACGGCAGAUGUUGACUCCACUUACUUUGAGGAAGCAUACCAGAUCCUGCAGAAUCAUCCAAAGGUACACAAGGAUCGCAUGGCUAUGCUUGGACUGUCAUUUGGAAGUGCAAUCACACUCAUCAUGGCGGCUUACUCCAAAGUCAUCAAGCCCAAGUGCUGUGUGUGUAUCAAUGGAAGUCAUGUGGUUCCUGUUAAUAAAUCCCUCUUUGAAGUUUUUGAGGAGAUGAAAAAGCAUGUGAAUAAACUACAAGUAAAUGAAGACAACCAGGUUAUCCACAGACACCUAAUCUUACCGAUUCCCUCAGACCCGACUCUCAAAGUGGAUGUUGGGAGAAUAAAAUGUCCAAUUCUGUUGGUGAAUGCUGAUGAUGAUCAGAGUUGGGCUUCGGUUGAAUCAGCUGAAGAUAUGGAGAUGAUGAUGAAGAUAGCAGGAAAUCAUCACUUGUUGGAAGUCCUGACGUAUCCUUGCGCUGGUCAUCUGAUCGAACCUCCUUACACACCUCAUUUCCGUGCAAGCAAUUUCAUCCUGCAAGACACAAAGGAGAAAAUUGUCAUGCUGUGGGGUGGACAGACUAAACCGCAUGCAUAUGCACAAGAGGACGCAUGGGAGAAGAUUUUAUCAUUUCUACAGAAACACCUCUAUUUCAGUUCAAACUCUGCUGUAAAGGCCAAACUCUAGUUGUGUCAUUACAAUUGUCAUAUGAGUUCAACUUUAUUUCAGUUGUCUCCAAAUGCAACAUUUUUGUUAGUAGUGAUUUUUUUUGUUUUGUUUUUUUUUCUUAUUUUUUUACAAUUUUAAACCACAUGCUACAUUUCACUUGGUGUCUGUGGGAAAUGAAAGUGGAAACUAGGUAUUACUUUUUAUGUAAUACAUUUCUAAUAAUAUGUAAGGAUAAUAGAAUACAUACAUAUUAUUUACAGUAUGUAUGUAAUUAGGCAAUGUAUUUAAAUACGUCAUUAUUACAUGAUAACACUAACAAUAGGCCAUACAACAAACAGUUUAGAUUUCUGGCACACAAAAUACUAUGUUUAAGGCCAAUGGACCAGUCAUAACCUGAUAAAACAUGUUAAUAUCACCAUUUGCUUAUUUUCAUGGAAACUCAGAUGAGCAAUUUUAGUAUGAGAUCAUAUAAUUUUAGUAAUAUCAUUUUGUUUAUAUUUCUUAAAAAAAAAAAAAAAAAAAAAUGUGAAGGUCGGCAUUGCAAAUGAGUGCUGCAUAUUUUAAAAAGAAGUUUGUGAUUAUGCAAUUAAAGACACUUCCACACUGGACUUUAUGUAUUCAUUGUGGAUUAUUAAAUAUGGCUUCCAUUUCCAAUUAA